GCUAUGGCGGCCGUACGGGGCCUGCGAGUGUCGGUGAAGGCAGAGGCCCCGGCGGGGCCGGCUCUAGGGCUCCCGUCGCCUGAAGCGGACUCUGGUUUGGAGCGUGGCGAGCCGGAGCCCAUGGAAGUGGAGGAGGGCGAGCUGGAGAUUGUGCCGGUGCGGCGCUCGCUGAAAGAACUGAUCCCGGACACAAGCAGAAGGUAUGAAAACAAGGCUGGCAGCUUCAUCACCGGAAUUGAUGUCACCUCCAAGGAAGCAAUUGAAAAGAAAGAACAGCGAGCCAAGCGCUUCCAUUUUCGAUCAGAAGUAAAUCUUGCCCAAAGAAACGUAGCCUUGGACCGAGACAUGAUGAAGAAAGCAAUCCCCAAAGUGAGACUGGAGACAAUCUACAUUUGUGGAGUAGAUGAGAUGAGUACCCAGGAUAUCUUUUCCUAUUUUAAAGAAUAUCCUCCUGCUCACAUUGAAUGGUUGGAUGAUACCUCCUGCAAUGUGGUUUGGCUGGAUGAAAUGACAGCCACACGAGCCCUUAUCAAUAUGAGCUCUCUGCCAGCCCUGGAUAAGAUAAGAACCAGGGAUGCAAAUGAGGACAGGUCAUCUGAGAAAAGUAAAAAAGACAAGCAGGAGGACAGUUCAGAUGAUGAUGAGGCUGAAGAAGGAGAAGUUGAAGAUGAGAACUCAAGUGAUAUAGAGUUGGACACAUUGUCUCAAGUAGAAGAAGAGUCUCUGCUAAGAAAUGAUCUUCGUCCAGCCAACAAACUUGCUAAAGGAAAUAGGUUAUUCAUGAGAUUUGCUACAAAAGAUGACAAAAAGGAACUUGGAGCAGCCAGAAGAAGUCAGUAUUAUAUGAAAUAUGGGAAUCCAAAUUACGGAGGCAUGAAAGGAAUUCUUAGUAAUUCUUGGAAGCGAAGAUAUCAUUCCCGUCGCAUUCAGCGGGAUGUGAUCAAGAAGAGAGCCCUGAUUGGGGAUGACGUUGGCUUGACAUCCUAUAAACACCGACAUUCCGGACUAGUAAAUGUUCCAGAGGAACCCAUUGAAGAGGAAGAAGAGGAGGAAGAAGAGGAAGACCAGGACAUGGAUGCAGAUGACAGGGUGGUGGUGGAGUACCAUGAGGAGCUCCCAGCUCUCAAGCAGACCCGGGAACGGAGCACAUCUAGGCAGUCCAGCGCCAGCAGUUCAGACUCUGAUGAAAUGGACUAUGAUCUAGAACUAAAAAUGAUUUCCACUCCUUCACCAAAGAAAAGCAUGAAAAUGACCAUGUAUGCGGACGAAGUGGAAUCUCAGUUGAAAAAUAUUAGGAACUCCAUGAGGGCAGAUACUAUAUCCACAAGCAAUAUAAAAAACCGAAUUGGUAACAAAUUACCAACUGAGAAGUUUGUAGAUGUCCGACAUCUGUUAGAUGAAAAACGUCAGCACACACGUCCACGGCCACCAGGCAGCAGUACUAAGUCAGAUAUACGCCAGCGAUUAGGAAAAAGACCGUAUUCUCCAGAAAAGGCUUUUAGUAGUAAUCCAGUCUUUCGGAGAGAGCCUUUUUCUGAUGUACAUAGUAGGCUGGGUGUUCCCAGACAAGACGUUAAAGGCCUCUACUCUGAUACACGGGAGAAGAAAUCAGGUAGUUUAUGGACGCGCUUAGGAUCUGCACCCAAGACCAAAGAAAAGAACGCAAAGAAGGUGGAUCACAGGGCGCCAGGCACUGAGGAAGAUGACUCUGAGCUGCAAAGGGCAUGGGGGGCUCUGAUAAAGGAGAAAGAACAGUCUCGCCAAAAGAAGAGCCGGUUAGAUAACUUACCAUCUCUCCAGAUUGAAGUUAGUCGGGAAAGCAGCUCUGGUUCAGAGGCAGAGUCCUGAUGCCCUUGGGGCUAAUGGCAGCUGCCCUAAAAUCUGACAUUCUCAUGCAGGGUGGGGUGCACAGUAGGAACCUUUCCCCUCCCACCCCCCUGCAGGAGUUGGCGCCCCUCCUGCUCCUACACAGUCACCCUCAGCUCUUGCUGCUUCAGCAAGACAUGUUAAGAAUGUGACAUGUUUUGAAGGGCGUCUGUCUAUCUUUUGCUGCAGAGUAAGAGUUCUGGGCCCUCAGUUCUUUCCCCACUACCCCACAAGCUUUACCCUUUGAGGAGAAGGCAGCCCUCCAGAUUUUGUAGACGUUUUUCUUAAUAUUUUUAACAUUGUGUCUUUUAAAGAAAUGUUUUACACAGUUCAUCCAAAGAGCAGAGAACUGAACUUCUCACUAUUGCCUUGGCCCUGACAGCUGUUACCAGCACCCUUUUCCCAAGAAAAGUCAAUUCCCAGGUGCUUAUUGGACAGCCUUCGAGGGGGAAGAUGAGGGAAGCUGCCAGCUCAC